UGUCCGUAUUGCUGUAGAAAGUUCGUGAAUCGAUACAAUUUGAAAGUUCAUGUUAGAGACAAACAUGAAGCAAACUCGACUGAUCUAGACUGUCAAAUAUGCGGCAAGACUAUGCGAAACCAAAGUUGUUUAAGAGUUCACAUGUACCACCAUCGUAAACAAAACCUCGAAGCAGCUGGGAUUAUUUAGUUUACUAUUUGUUGUUUUUUUAUUCUCUAACGAGGGAUUUCCCUUGUUGUUGAUUGUUAUUUAGAACUUUUUUCGAACAAAUUUUGGUGUUUUUAGCCUGUAAGUGAUGGGUGCAUUACAUUCUAGUUUUUGUUUCAACUGAAUAUGAUGAUGAACGGCAGUUUUAAAGAUAGAAGAUCUGAUUGAUACAUUACCAAGGUUUUAUGCUAUGAGACUGACUUGAUUCUUUUUUUCUGAGGAGUAUUUUCUAUUUAGUAAUCUAGGAGUCGGAUAUUCGCUUAGGAUGUGAUGUCCCAUUCUUUAUUUGAAUAUGUUAUCUAUGGGUAUAAUUCUGUUUAUAUAUUUAUUAAUUAGGAAGGUAGAUUUUAAAUAAUUUAUUGAAGAACUCAUUUGUAUGCAACAAAUACUUUCAACUUUGUACAUUCCAUUUUUAACACAGAUAUUUGUGUGAAAUGUUAUUUCUUUUUUUUGUACUUGUUACCUGAUGAUAUUUGUUUUUAGAUAGGUAUCAUGUUAUAUUUUUGUAUUUUGUUGUUAUUUCCUUGAAAAAUUGUUAUUUUAUGAAAUUGCCACUUGUUUUACAUCUGUACGGUUUUAUCGAAUGAACUGAGUACUUUUGUUAUACAAUUUCUGAGUAUUUGUUGCUCUUGUGAUAUACAAAACAGCUAAUUAUAAGCAAUAAAACUAGCUCAAUUUACCAAAAUUAUGAUAAGAUUACAUUCCAUUCUUUAUUAUAAUAUUUUGUUAGGGGAUUCAAACAAUAACUUGAUAACUUUUAAUAAAAUUGUUUCAUGUAAAUUGGUGCUUCAUUAUCUUAUCACAGGAAAGAGCGGAGGAAGUGGUUAAUACCGCUGGGAUUUAUUUGAGUACAGUGUCUGUGUGAAACUAAAUAAAAAUGUAUCAGUUGUCUUGGUGAAAAGAGGUUGUAAAAAGAAAAACUAUGUGGUUUGGCUUUGCUAGAGAUGAGGGUUUUCCUACUCAGUAUGAAGCAAAUGCAACCCCUGUUACUGUGGAUGUGCUGGACGCGGGCCUCAUAACAGCUUCUGUUAUUUUAGCGUUUUCUUUUUUUGUUUCUUACCUCACUACCAAUAAGAAAACGAAUAUAAUUCUUUAUACCAGAAUUUCUGUGAAUAUACUCAUAGGAGCUUUUCUUUUAAUUAACAAUUUUGGUCAAGACUGGGAAGUAGGACAUGUAUUAACUACAACCCCGUAUAGAGCUGGAACGGGACAAGAAAUCAAUGCUUCAAUUUCUUUGAAGAUAGGUCUGAGAAGUGUAAACAUCACUCUAAAAGCCAAAACAGAACCAGAAGGCGAUUUGCAACACGAGAUUAUUGAUUACAAUGAAAGAUUCGAAUGGACUUGGGAUCAAGGAAGAUUUGGGUUCGGCCCAUAUGCUGGCCAUUUGCAACAGCAGUUCAGAGCGGCUCAAUAUAGAGGUUUACCAUUACCAAUUCUCUGGAUAGUAGAUUAUUUUGUGAUUGAUGGCGAAGGACAGAGAUUUGGGAGAUUUUAUAGAACUGCAGGAUGGUAUACCCAUAUCUUAAUGUGGGCUGCUUUUGUUUGCUGGUUGCUCGCAAAUAUUUUAUUCAGAUCAGUUAUCCACUAUGGCGCCUACAUUCUUGGAUUGUGUGGGGCACUUCAAUUAUUUGCGAAUUUCAUUUAUUUAGUAGUUCGUAAUCCCUUCCCGCUUGUCAUACCAUUCGAGGAUGGAACUAUCAUUACAAAGUUUGGAUUCCACUAUUGGUGUACCUUUGUAGUGGGAAUUUUUUGUCUCUCAUUAUCAGCAGUGAUACUGUUCAUGGAUUACCAAUAUGAUGAGUAUAUUUAUAACUUUUUUGGCGUUAAUCCCCUGAAUAGUUAUGAUGAAGUAGUUUAUUUAACUAAAGAAGAACGGUUGCACCUGAGACCAAAGAAAUCCUCAAACGAUAUACCAUUAGUUCCUUUGGAAUCAGGAAGUAAGCAAGAAGAAGACGAUGAUGAUGUUGAUUAUGUUCCUGUAUAUUUGAAACGAAAGACUGAGGUGUUGGCUCCUAAAGUUAAUCGUUACAACAAACCUGCACAUCUGUUGAGUUGAGUCUUAAUUGUUAUCUUCCAUCAAGAUGUUCGUGCGAUUUUGUAUUAAUAUAAAAAAAAACUCAGUAGUAUUGAAAGAUCUGUUUUCUGUUGAAGUUGAUCAGUUGUACUCGACAAAAAUGUGAAUAUUUGCAUUAAAAUCUCUCUUUGUUGAGUAUGUGACAUCUAUUGUUCAAGGAAAUUAAUAUUUCAGAUGAAAAUUUCAAACAUUUCUUUCAGAUUUUCUGAAUAGUAGGUAGAAUCUGACAAAUACUUGCCAGAAAAUGACUUUAAUGGCCAAUACCAUGAAGAACAUUGCUAUUCAGCAAGCAAUAUAAUAUUACGGAAAUCAGUCGGGCGAUCAGGCGUCAAAAUGAGAACUAUACCCACAAGAAUGGUCGUCUGAUGACUCAAUUUAUUUUUUAUAUACGCUGAUGCGAAAUCUUCUUCAUACAUUCAACUACGAGGUAAUCUUUUGAACAAAGCCUUCAACAGAGAAGCUGAUUUUCGGGUUUUUGGCUGUGGCCUGCAGGUUUUUAUGGAAGGCGUUUCAUCUACGAUUGCGGUACACAUUAUUACAGAUGAUGAGGUAACGAUUAGUGCUCUAGAUAUCUUCACAGCAGAUACUUGGUAGUAUCAGGCAUAAGAACUUACAGAUUAUGACUAACAAACCCAUAAUAUAGAUUUGAAACGGUUAUCUCCAGGCGUGAAAGCCUACUCUUUGGUCCCAUGACUGUGUCGAGGAGAGAUAUACAUAGGUCAAGAAAAUGAAACCUAUACAGUAGGAUUCUACAAAUGUCUGCCGAAAAACAAUUAUUUUCCUGAAUAUAUCCGGAUUAUAUCCGGCAGACAUUUGUGCAAGUUUCCUCUUAGAGAAACAAGAUGUUUAUCUAAAAGAGAAUUGCUAUGUGAUACUCAGUCGAGUAUCUGACGGCAAACCUGUCUUCAUGAAGUCUGUCCUGCACUCAUAGGAGUGAUAUUUCGAAAUCAGUGACCAUCUGUCUGCAUUAAUUUAUUAAUGAAAAAACUUGCACGUACAUUGGAUCCAAUGUCUGUCGUGGUAAUACUCAAAAAAGUAGUUUUUCCGGCAGGCCUUUGCGAUUGGAGUAUUAAAUAUAAGUGAUUUUUUAAAGAAAAUCAGUUUUCUAGUGAGGUUUUGAGAGUUUUCACCUUCCACAAUCAGGAAAAAGUUUUGAAGAACCUUAUAAAGUUGUAGAAAGGGUAAACUGCUAGAUAAUCAAGUUAGAUAUACAUCUUGACAUUUUUGAUGAUCGCCUUCAUGACAUUUGACAAGUAUGAAAAUAUAGAAUUUGUAUGAAAAAUUUCAGCAUGAGCCAAACAUGCAGCCGAAAAAAAAGGCUGUGAUUCGCACUGUAGCAAGAUCUAGAACUUAUUCCCAUUUAAUAGCAGAAAGGAAUUAUGUCUCAAGGAAGAAGCAUUCAAACACACAGACUGAUUGUACCUUUUGGAAACAUACACCUUUUGACCAAGAUACUCAGUUUAGUACUGGUUUACAAAGUUUCUCUGAAGACAGUAGAAAGACCUACAUUGAGGCUUUGGAUUAUGUGAAUCGAUUGCAUCAAUCAAUGAAUCAAAAAUUAAAGGAAUACUUUGAGAACAAUGACUCCGGAAGAAAUGAAGUACCAUUUAUUUUUCCUGACAUUCCCAACUAUUUUUCAUUGUUCUCGGUUAUUUUGAAAUAUUCUGAACCUCCAAAAAGCCACCAACGAUCAAAUUACCGAAAGUUAUUGUCUGAUAGUGAAGAACAUUCAACGUUACUUGAAACAGAGAAAAGUUCAAAAUUUAAUACAAUUGUCCCUCCUUUGAAUAGUAAAAAUUAUGAUGAAAAUCAAUUUACCCUGAAAAAUAAAUUGGAGACUGAUGUACUGAAUGUUAUCCAAGAGAAGGAACAACCUGAAACUUGGAAUGAAGGCUGCUCAUCGUUGUCUGAAACAGAUGGAAUGCAAUCCAGAAAUGAAAUUGGUCAAGAUAAUUUUCUCGAUCCUUUAAAAGAACAUCUUUUAGAAGAUAUUUUGAAUAAUUUUCUCAAGUUGGAUAAACUGAAAAAUUUAAAAAAAGGGAACCUGGUAAAAACCUGUUUUAAUAUAGUGAAUAUACAACCACAAAUAAACUUAAUAGAAUAUGCUCGACAAAAAGAUAAGAAAAAUUUGGAUUUGGAAACAAUAUCGUCUGUCAAAAAUAACGAAAGAGACUAUUUUCAAAGCAAUGACCCAAAUAUUCCUUUCCCUUCAAGACCUAAUACACCUAUCAAAGUUAAAAAUAUGUUUGACAAGAUAUCAAAAUCCAAAGAAAAAAUCGGCAGCCAGAAAAUAUUUGAAAAUAAAAUAUUUCAAAAUCAUGAAGAUGAAUCGGAUACUGAUAGCAUAAUUUUUGACGAUGUUGAAUUUGAAAAAAUGAGUCAAAAAUCUCAGUAUGGUACCAAAACUUUUGAUAAAGCCGAAGAAACAUUAAAACGCUCCAUUUAUGAAAAGUCAAACCCAUUGAAACUGAAUGGGAAAGAUAUGACAAAAGUUGAUGAAAAAAUGUUGAGUGCUAUAGGGUUGUUUACAGAACGAGGAGAUAUACGACCAGGGGUGAUCGACAUUUUGGAAGAACAUAAAAAACUGAAAUCUAAGGACACUAGAAAUAAACAAUUCCGAAGUAAGAGACAAUGGGAUAUACAAAUCCACUUGAAACCAACGAAAGAAACGCAUCAGUCUAGUUUACCAUCCGUUUCUACUGAUAAGUCAUUCAUUAGUUUGUCUUCUGAUAUAAGGCUGCAAGUUAAAAAUGUAAAAAGUCAAUUUCACCAAACAGAAAAAAAUAGUUAACAUGAAGAAGAACUCACCAGAGAAAAUGAAUAGAUGUACUAAACAUUUGAUAGGCCAACAAAUGGUGAAGGACUAAUUCAUGUGAAUGUUUUUAAGAAAUUAAAGUUGGUAAAUCACUUUCUUUUGAAACUCAAAAAAUGAAAUUUUUUCCUUGGACUUACCUAUCUUUUUUUUUGGAAACAUGAAAGAAUCUAUUGAUCCACA